AUGUUGAAUGAUCAAUUUAUUAUUUAGAAUGUAUUGAUUAGCCUAUAAAUGUAUAAGUUGUAAGUUUCUCUAAUAAAGAAUCAUAAAAAUUAAAUCUAUGAAUCUGGGUAUUAUGCUGAUGAAAUAAAUGCUACUUGCUUAAAACAAUGUAGAGGUUACAUUAAAGCAAAUGAAAAGUAAUGUGAUGAUGGGAAUAUUAUUAAAGGCGAUGGAUGCGAUUAUUAAAAUGAGUUAGAAAAUAUGUAUAUUAUUGUAAAAGGUGGAAGCAUAAUUAGAUUAAAUUUCCUCAUCAUAUAGUGCCAAAUUAUGGAAAACCCUUAUUAAAGAGUUCAAGUUCUUCUUAAAUUUACUCUACUAUUCGAUUUUUCAAAUUAUAUUUUACUUCUCUCAUUGUUGUUAAUGAAAGUUUUCAAAUUAAAGACUAUUUAACAUUUCAUUAAUCAUUGA